AUGUCGCAUGUUUCGUGCUACACCUGCACGACUCUUGCCAAGCGAUGGUUUCGAUCGCCGGGCCAAAAUGGUUUCAAGCUGGAACUGGGUUUCAUGCUAGCUGCUCUCCUUCCCGUAAUCAGUGUUACUUUCCUGUAUCGCGCCUCCGCCAUCUCCCCUACCCUCCAGUCGUUCGUCCGCUGUCCACUCCCCUCCCACCUUAGCGGGUCUCUCUCCUCCCCCCCCCCCUGUCGCCAUCUUUUUUCGUCUCGCGCAUGCAUUCGUCGGCCCAUCGCUCACCGCGUGGUCUUUAGCUCUCUCCCCGAAACGCCCUCCCCCCGCCAUUCCUCCCUCCCCUACGUGCACUUUUCCUGUCACCUUCGCGCUCUCCCUCUCGUUGCCUGCGCGCUCUCCCUCCCGGCCCCUUCGCGCUCUCCCCCCCGUCGCCUGCGCGCUCUCCCUCUCGUCGCCUUCGUGCUCUCUCUCCCGUCGCCUUCGCGCUCUCCAUCCCGUCGCCCUUGCCAUCUCCCCUCCCAUCCGGUCGUUCCCUUCAUCUCCUCUCGCUCACGUCCUCCCCUCCCCUCGCCAUCCCGUCGUUCGCCUCCUCUCCCCUCCCAUCUCGUCGUUCGCCUCCUCUCCCCUCCCAACCUGUCGUUCGCCUCCUCUCCCUUCCCAUCCCGUCGUUCGCCUCCUCUCUCCUCCCAUCCCGUCGUUCGCCUCCUCUCCCCUCCCAUCCCGUCGUUCGCCUCCUCUCUUCUCUUUCUUCCCCCGGAAGCCGUCGCCAUUCCGGUGAAUCGCCGUGUGCUGCCAGAUUUCUUGCAGAGUGUCAACCUCAGCCAUGUCAAGCUCGGUUAUCACUAUCUCAUCACUCAUGGGCUCCCUCUGCUCCUCAUUCCGCUCUUCGCGUCCGUGGCGGUGGAGAUCUUUCGGAUGAAGCCCGACGAUCUGCUGGAGCUGUGGCAGCAUCUCCAACUGAACCUGGUCAGCGUUGUCGUGUGCUUCGCCGCCGUUGUUUUCGGCGCGACUUCGUAUCUUCUCCUCCGACCACGCCCCGUUUACCUUGUGGACUUCGUCUGCUUCAAGCCUCCGGACCACCUCGCUCUCUCACUUUCGGGGGCUCUUGAUCACGCCAAAAAGCUGCAGAAGUUCAACGAUAAGGCGCUAGAGUUUCAAAACCGGAUUCUAGAGAGAGCGGGCCUUGGCGAUCGCACGUGCCUCCCGCCCAGCUUCAUCAACAUCCCUCCCAACCCGUCCCUGGACAUGGCACGGAAGGAGGCGGAGAUGGUGAUCUUCGGUUCGCUUGACGAGCUGUUCACCAAGACGGGCAUCAGGCCCCGCGACGUGGGUAUCCUCAUCGUAAACUGCAGCGUCUUCUGCCCCACGCCGUCGCUGUCAGCCAUGAUUGUCAACAAGUACGAGAUGCGCAGCAACAUCCGGUCAUACAACCUCGGAGGAAUGGGGUGCAGCGCCGGUGUCAUCUCCAUUGAUCUCGCCCGCGACUUGCUGCAGGUGCACGGCGGCUCUUACGCGGUGGUCGUGUCCACAGAGAACAUGACUCAGAACCUGUAUUUCGGCAACAAGAAAUCCAUGCUCAUUCCCAACUGCAUCUUCCGGAUCGGCGCAGCGGCCAUGCUCCUCACGAACAAGCGCAGCGAGCGCCGCCGGUCCAAGUACGAGCUGGUGCACUGCGUGCGCACGCACAUGGGAGCGGACGAGAAGUGUUACCGGUGCGUCUUCCAGGAGGAGGACGACGAGAAUAUCGUCGGCGUGUCGCUGUCGCGCGAUCUCAUGGCCGUCGCAGGCGACGCGCUCAAGGCCAACAUCACGACGCUGGGUCCGCUCGUGCUGCCGCUGUCGGAGCAGCUGCUGUUCUUCGCCGUGCUGGUGGGGCGCAAGGUGUUCCGCAUGAAGCUCAAGCCCUACAUUCCCGACUUCAAGCUCGCCUUCGACCACUUCUGCAUCCAUGCGGGCGGUCGCGCCGUGCUGGACGAGUUGGAGAAGAACCUGCAGCUGUCGCAGUGGCACAUCGAGCCGUCGCGCAUGACGCUGUACCGCUUCGGCAACACCUCCUCCUCCUCCAUUUGGUACGAGCUGUCCUACGCCGAGGCCAAGGGCCGCGUCAGGCGCGGCGAUCGCGUGUGGCAGAUCGCGUUCGGCAGCGGGUUCAAGUGCAACAGCGCGGUGUGGCGCGCCCUUCGCCGGAUCAAGCCGGAGGAUAACGUGGGCCCGUGGGACGACUGCAUCCACGAGAUGCCCGCGCAACUAAACUUCGUCGACUGA